AUGACUACUGCUGCAGAAAGAAAAUAUGUUAAUAUUAGGAAAAGGUUGGAUCAGUUGGGAUACCGCCAGACUCUGACAGUGGAGUGCUUACCUUUGGUAGAAAAACUUUUCAGUGACUUAGUUCAUACAACAGAGAGCCUUCGGAAAUCAAAGUUAUCUUCUGUGAAAGCUGAAAAGGAAAGUGCAAAUUUUGAUUUUGUUUUGGAACCCUAUAAAGUUGAAAAUGCAAGAUUAAGCAGGGAAAAUAAUGAAUUAUACCUGGAAUUAAUGAAAUUGAGAGAACAAUCAGACCAACAAAUUAAAGAGUUGAAAGCUUCACUGAAGAAGUGUACACGUGAAACAGGUGAUCUUAAAUUUCUAAAUAACCAGUAUGUUCAUAAACUCAAACUUUUGGAGAAAGAGAGCAGAGCUAAGAAUGAAAAAAUACAGCUACUUCAAGAAAAGAAUAUGCAUGCAGUAGUACAAACUCCAGGUGGCAAAAAAAGAAAUAUUGCAUUCAGGCGCCAGCGUAUGCAAAUUGAUGAGCCAGUCCCUCCUUCUGAAGUCACUUCAUAUCCAGUUCCUCAGCCAGAUGACCCUUAUAUUGCAGACCUCCUGCAAGUGGCUGAUAACAGGAUUCAAGAACUUCAACAGGAAGUCUGCCAGUUACAAGAAAAGUUAGCAAUAAUGGAAAAUGGAGUGAGAGAUUAUAAUAAGCAGAUUGAACUAAGAGAACAAGAGAUAGAACGACUGUCUGUGGCUUUGGAUGGUGGUCGCUGCCCAGAUAUCCUCACUCUGGAGAGUAGAAAUAAAACCAAUGAGAAGCUUAUUGCUCAUUUAAAUGUUCAGGUUGACUUUCUUCAGCAAGCUAAUAAAGAUCUGGAGAAGCAUAUUCAAGAGCUUAUGGAAACCAAGGAAACAGUCACAACUGAAGUUGUUGAUUUAAGUAACAAAAAUGAAAAACUCUGCCAAGAAUUAACUGAAAUAGACCAGUUAGCACAGCAGUUGGAAAGACAUAAAGAACAAGUGCUUGAGACUGCCGAUAAAGAAAUUGGAGAAGCAAAGAAAGAGAUUAAAAGAAAACUCUGUGAGAUGCGAGAUCUUGAAGAAUCAAUGUCAAAACUUCAACUGGAAUUAGACUUAUGCCAAAAAGAAAAGGAGAGACUGAAUGAUGAACUCCUGAAAAAAACAGAUCUUGAAACUGUUGUUUGUCAGCUUGAACAAGAAAAGCAACGACUUGCCAAAAAAGUUGAAAGUUUUGCAGUUAUGGAACGAGAACUUACUUUGGAAGUUGAGAGGAUGAGGCUAGAACAUGGAAUAAAACGUCGAGACAGGUCACCUUCUCGUUUAGAUACUUUUCUGAAAGGCAUAGAAGAAGAACGAGAUUAUUAUAAGAAAGAGCUGGAAAGACUCCAACAUAUAAUACAACGAAGAUCUUGCCUUAUAAGUAAUUUUGCACGUGAAAAACCUCAAAUUUUAAAAACACCAGAGAAGGGUGAUUACAACUCAGAAAUUCGUCUCAUCACAAGAGAAAGAGAUGAACUUCAUUGUAUGCUAGAAAGAUUUGAAAACCAUAUGGAGGAAAUACAAGCCAAUGUUAAAUUAUUGACAGCAGAAAGAGAUCAACUAAGUGUCUUAUAUAAUCAAGCCCAAGAAGAAUUAUCUGCUCUAAGACAGCAAUCUGUCCAAGCCACAGUCUCCCCAGAUAUUGUCAGUCUUAUGGAACAAGAAAAAGAACUUGCAUUAUCUGACUUAAGAAGGGUUAUGGCAGAAAAGGAGGCUUUAAGAGAAAAGUUAAAUAGCCUCCAGGAAAAGAGUCUUUUUGGAAAAUCAGAAUUAGAACAAACUAUUGAACAUUUGACAUGUGUUAAUCAUCAGCUUGAAAAUGAACAGUGUGAAUUAAAAUCUAAAGUGUUAAUAAUGAACGAAACAAUAGAGUCAUUAGAGAACAAAUUAAAACUCCAAGCUCAGAAACUUAGUUAUGUGGCUGGUGACUCAUCUCAUCAGAAAACAGAGAUGAACUCACUUAGGAUAGUAAAUGAGCAGCUACAGCGGUCACUUGAUGAUUAUCAACACCGACUUACAAUCAAAAGAGGAGAACUUGAAUCAGCCCAAACACAAAUUAAGAUACUAGAGGAAAAAAUAGAUAAACUAAACUUUAAGGUGACUUCACAGGAUCAGGAGACUAAUGUAAUGAAAAAGACCAUUGGUGUCAUUGAUAAAGAAAAAGACUUUCUUCAGGAGACUGUAGAUGAGAAGACAGAAAAGAUUGCAGAAUUAGAAGAAAACUUAGCUAAUAAAGAAAAAAGUAUUGCUCAUAUGAAGAUAACAGUAGCAGAGUAUGAAUCAUCUAUGAAUCAUCUAAAGGAUACAUUGACUAAUCGAGACCGUGAGAUAAGCAGCCUCCGACGCCAGCUUGAUACAGCUCACAAAGAACUUGACGAAGUGGGAAGAUCUAGAGAAAUUUCUUUGAAGGAAAACAGAAGAUUACAAGAUGAUCUGACUACAAUGGCAAGAGAAAAUCAGGAAAUCUCAUUGGAAUUGGAAGCAGCAGUGCAAGAAAAAGAGGAAAUGAAGAGUAGAGUUCAUAAUUAUAUAACUGAGGUGUCACGAUGGGAGAGCUUAAUGGCUACGAAGGAAAAAGAAAAUCAGGAUUUGUUAGGUAGAUUUCAGAUGCUUCAUAACCGUGCUGAAGACUGGGAGGUAAAAGCCCAUCAAGCUGAAGGAGAAAGCAGCUCAGUUCGACUCGAACUUCUUUCUAUUGACACGGAGCGGAGACACCUUCGAGAAAGAGUGGACCUAUUAGAAAAAGAAAUUCAGGAGCACAUAAAUGCACAUCAUGCUUAUGAAUCUCAGAUCUCAUCAAUGGCAAAAGCCAUGUCUAGAUUAGAAGAAGAACUUAGACAUCAAGAAGAUGAGAAGGCAGCAGUAUUAAAUGAUUUAUCGUCUCUUAGAGAACUUUGCAUUAAGCUUGAUUCAGGCAAGGAUAUUAUGACCCAACAAUUGAAUUCCAAAAACCUUGAGUUUGAGAGGGUUGUGGUGGAAUUAGAAAACGUAAAAUCCGAAGCAGACCUGUUUAAAAAACAGCUAACAAGUGAGAGACAGACAAUUAAAAACCUUGAAUCAUUGUUGGCUACAAAUAGAGAUAAAGAAUUUCAUUCUCAUCUCUCCUCCCAUGAGAAGGAUACAGAAAUUCAGUUACUUAAAGAGAAGUUAACCCUUUCAGAAAGCAAAUUAACUUGCCAAAGCCGGGAAAACACCAUGCUUCGAACUAAAGUGGCACAAUUGCAAAUAGAUUAUGAUGCUAUGAAAAGACAAAUUGCAACUGAAAGGUUUGAACGAGAACGAGCAAUCCAAGAGAUGCGUCGACAUGGUCUUCCUACGCCACCCCUUAGUUCUACUCUGCGAUCUCCUUCAAAUUCUCCUGAACUUAUUAACUUAUGA